AUAGAUAAAAUAAAAUAAAAAUAGGCUAAUAUGGUAAUUUCAUGAUAGAACAUAAAAAAGAAGAGCUUUAUUUACUGUGUUUAGAAUGUUCUAUGAUGCCAUGUGCUGUAAUCUUGCAUUAUUAAGGUAUGAUCAGGGGCGGACUGACCAUUUGGAAACUCGGGCACUGCCCGAGGGCCCGGGGUCAGUAGGGGACCCCAUGAGAUGCCCCUGGUACCUUUUUCAUAGGCUUUUUUUAAUUUGGGCAAGGACCUAGGGGCCCCAUGAUCCCCUAUUGCCCAGGGGCCCCAUGAGUUGUCAGUCUGCCCCUGGGUAUGACAGGUCCU